AUGCUACGAGGAAAUGACGCAAUCUCAGCGACCACACACAAAACAGUACAGGCCCAAGGCGUGCUACGAGGAAAUGACGCAAUCUCGGCGACCACACACAAAACAGUCCAGGCCCAAGGCGUGCUACGAGGAAAUGACGCAAUCUCAGCGACCACACACAAAACAGUCCAGGCCCAAGGCGUGCUACGAGGAAAUGACGCAAUCUCAGCGACCACACACAAAGCAGUCCAGGCCCAAGGCGUGCUACGAGGAAAUGACGCAAUCUCGGCGACCACACACAAAACAGUCCAGGCCCAAGGCGUGCUACGAGGAAAUGACGCAAUCUCAGCGACCACACACAAAGCAGUCCAGGCCCAAGGCGUGCUACGAGGAAAUGACGCAAUCUCGGCAACCACACACAAAACAGUCCAGGCCCAAGGCGUGCUACGAGGAAAUGACGCAAUCUCGGCGACCACACACAAAACAGUCCAGGCCCAAGGCAUGCUACGAGGAAAUGACGCAAUCUCGGCGACCACACACAAAACAGUCCAGGCCCAAGGCGUGCUACGAGGAAAUGACGCAAUCUCGGCGACCACACACAAAACAGUCCAGGCCCAAGGCGUGCUACGAGGAAAUGACGCAAUCUCAGCGACCACACACAAAACAGUCCAGGCCCAAGGC